AUGGAGUUUACAGUGGCCCAGCAACUAUAUUCGCCAGUGGAUAACAGUAGCCCCAGUGCGUGCACCAGCCCUCCCCCUCCAAUGUCCCCCAAAAGGGACCGCCUCGUCGUCGUGGGCGUUGAUGUUUGUGCCACUCGAAUUCAACGGGCCUUUCAACGACGUCGACAACAACAGAAAGCACGGCGACAACAGCAACCUCUCCAAAGGCUGAAGCCUCUCAGCAUUUUGACCCCGCUGCCGCAUACGCCGUUUCCCGGCCACAUGUCCACGUCUGCCCCCCCAGUUGAAGCAGGUGGCACCCAGUUCCAACGUCAACAAGCAGACACGAGUCCAUCCCUGCGGGGCUCGCCGAGGCACAUGACGACAACAAACUCCUCACUUUACGGCCUUUGUCCCUCGACGGGUCGGGUCGCCCCAAUUUCGUCGUUUCGUUUCACCUACACCUUGUUUCACCUUGUCGUGGGGCGCCAUACGGACGAGAUCGUCGCGGGCCUGAUGGAUCGGAAGCACGGAUCGAUCGUGGUGGGAGGUGCGUACAGACAGUACUUGGGCUCUUAUCAAGGCAAACAAGUGGUCAUAAAGGCGUUGCGCCAGGCAGACAUCCCGUGGCUCCAACAUGAGGAGGUGGUUCUGUCCAUGUUUGGCCACCAUCCGUCCACCGUGCCGUUCGUCGGCGCUUGCACCAACUUCAACAGCCUGCUCGCCGUCAUGACCGAGUUCAUUUCAUUCGCUCGGGUCGCUGACUUCCGUCGUGUCUUCCCCUUCCUCGUCCUCUGA